AUGGCGCGACACUACCAAAGGUUGUGCAAGCAGCCAGCAGGUUUUCCAAUUCCAUUACCCACCCACCCAACCACCACGCCAACCGACCCUACCCAUCCCCCUACCACCACCCACCACCACCACGCACAACCCUACCCACCUAUCCACACUCCCCCCUCACCACCCUCUGCCACCGACACCACAUGCCCCCAUCCCCCAUUCACUACACCUCAGCCCACCCACACCACCACCACCAACCCCGCUACAACCACACCCACCUGCACCCAUGCUCCCCCGCCUCUCCCCCUCUCGCAACACUCACACACGGCCGAUCCCACCCCGCCACCUACCACACCCGACCACCUCUACCACGACCCAAUCACGUCCCACGCCUCCUCCACACCAACAACCCCACUCACCACGCCAAAACAAACACAGCACAAUCCCACUCGCCACACCUCAGCACACCACCGCCUACACGCUCACACCCCGUCACCCUUCCACCCCCACCACGACCCAACCACCGCCCAACCCACAACUCCACCGAGCACACACUUCCAUCAACGCAACACACCGCCCACCGCCCACCCAUCGCACCCAACACGCCGACUACACACGCAUACCACUUCACACGCCCCACCCCACACUUCACCCACCACCCAGCCCCACCUCCAUCCCCCCCACACCCAACAUCCCAUCCCACCCACCAUCACACCCACUCACACACACUCAACCACCCACACACCCCCCUCCACCCCGCCACCCACCACCACACACACACCACGACCACCACCACCCAACACCCCACCAACACCCACCCCCGCACCCCCCACCCACCCACCAACCACCCAACCGGUCCGCACCAACAACCCCCCCCCCCUACCACCACACCCCCCACCCACUCAGCACCACACACCCCCCCCCCCCCAACGAAGCCGCCUCCCACCCCACACGCACAACCCCACCCCGUCAACGACCACACCACCCACGCCAACAACGACCUCACCCCCAACCACUCACCCCACCACCCCCAUACCCCCCCCACGACGACCCACCCCCCACCCCCCCCACAAACGACACCCCUCCUACACCCACACCCAACCACCCAACCACCCACAACUACCCCAACCACCGACCUCUUCACUCACUUACUCCUCACCUCUUAUUUUACAGCAACUGACACAUUCUGCCGCCUCACACAACCCUAGCCCGUCUUUUUUUUUUUUAUUGCACGCCUAA